AUUUUACUAAAAAAAACGAGACAGAUAAAGGAAAUCGGGUGACUACUUGACCCGCGCCUCUUCUUCUUCUCUUCCUGUUUGAAAAAAAACCUAACCCUAAUCACGCAUGGGUCUCUUCUGCUGUGAAAAUUAAAGUUAAAAAAGGUAAGUAGAGAGAUUUCUGUUCUGCAAAGCGAUAAAGAUCGUAGUUAGCUACUGAAAUUGGAGACAUGGAUCGAAUCUCGCAGCUUCCUGAUUUCAUUGUUCAUCACAUACUCUCUUUUCUCAAAACUCCUAAAGACCUUGUUCGGAUGAGUGUAUUGUCUAAAACCUGGCUUCACCUAACCGCUUCUUUCCCCAUUUUAGAUUUCAGCAUAGGUGAUUUUAGGUCCGGAGAAAGUUUUUUCAGUUAUGUUGAGUAUACAACCUCUAGAUUUUGCCACCAAAAUCUCCCUGCACACAGCCUCAGGCUCGUUAAAUUUCUCCGAGAUCCUGCAGAUUUGGAUAUUGUUGACAGAUGCCUUGAAAGAGUUUUUAGGAAUGGCGUCAACGAGUUGGUGAUUUAUCUGCAUAACUAUUCAGAUUAUCCAGAACCCCCUUCUGAUUCUGAAGAAUCCGCUUCUGAUUACGAGGAAUCCCCUUCUGCAACUGCUAUGCCAAGGUACCGUUUGCCAAACACACUUUUAUCGGUUUCCGUGUUAACAUCUUUGACCAUAUUUGGCUGUGACUUGCCUUCUUCCUUCAUGGUUGAUGCUCUCAAGUUUAAGUCUUUGACUCGGUUGAAACUCGAAAACAUCCAUAUAGAUGAUGAAAUGAUCACGUAUCUCGCCACUAGUUGCCCUCUUCUUCAAGUAUUUGAGAUUAGAAGUUGUCCUGGUUUCAAAAGGUUUUGUGUUCAUGGGCACCAAAGUCUUCAAGAAGUUGAUAUUUCCUUUGACGCUCCGGUUGAAAGAAUAGAUAUUGAAGCUCCAAAUCUAUAUGAGCUUUCUGUAGCAGAUGAGGGUGAAACAGGGCAACCGCAGAUGAACUUGGCUUCAUGCAAAAAACUAACAUCAGUGUCUUACGAAGGGUGUCCCUUACCAAACGACUUCUUAUCCAACUUCCCUUUCGUUGAAAAUUUGGUUUUGUUUACUUGUUAUCAGGGCAAUAAUCUAAAGCUAUCAAGUAAUUCCUUGAGGACAUUGGUGUUAACUUCAGACUUUGAUUUGGAAGAAAUUGAGCUAAGUACUCCCGCUUUGGGUUUAUUUAUUUACUCUUGUAAUGAACACUAUUCAGGCCUUGGGAUAAGCCAUUUACCCCAUCUAGAAUUGUGUAUGCGAUGCUAUCUCGAUGACUCUAUUGAUACUCUUUGGUUCCAGAAGUUGAGGCUAUUUUUGGACAAAAAAAAUGGCUUUAAAGCUUUGAACUUGUAUAUUUGCAUGGAUCAGAAGCUCACAGUGUUAGAAAACCUAAAGGCGGUUGAGUUGCCACCUUAUGAACUUGAGCAUAUUGAGCUACAUUUUGAGCAUGAAGAAUCAUCAGAUCAUGCCACUUUUGUGGAUGCAGUUCUUUGUUGUUUCUGUCCUCGAUCUCUAACCUUAAGAUCAUCUUUUCCUUUAACUACUUUUGAAGAAAAAAGUCCUCUUGUCAAGUUUACAUACGAAAAGCUACUUGAACAAGAAUUCCAAGGCCAAACUAGUAUUCAGAUUGUGUCACCUUACUCUACCAAAGCACAAAAGCAGUUUAAGGGCUUGAUGUCAUUGCCAAGGUCAUUACCUCGUCAAGAAAAAGCAAUUAGCUUUAUAAAGGAAGAAGAAUAAGCAUGCGGUCAAAGGUUUGGAGAUUUUUGGAUGCACUGGAUUUCGGAGCCUAUCUGUUAAUUUGGACUGAAGAUUAGAGUUUAACAAAUUGGAAUUAAACUUUAUAAGUAUUGUUCUUUUUAAUAUUUACAUGUGUAGUGUGGUUUUGAAUCAUGACAAUGGUGUCUUGACUAAUGACUAAUCUAUAUAUUGGAGCUUAUGCUUUGUUA